CGAACUCCCACUCGAUAACUAUACGUACAGUUGCCGCAGGGCCCGGGGGUUCCGCCUUCAUCCGAGCUCGUCGCUACUAGCGAAGAUAUUGAGGCCUAGCUUAGAGCCUCAAUAUGCUGCCCUCCGUGAUCACGUUCAACGCGCUUCCAGCGCCGAAGUCGCCCACGAGAUGGCACUUUGACCUCCGUUACCUCCCUCUUGAGCCCAAGCCCUAUCAUAUCCUACUCAUAUCACGCGUCGACGAGACAUCGGGCCACAUAGAGAAGCUGCCGAUCGGCUGUCCUGCGGAUCGCGACGGGCUGGAAUUCUUUCCAGACACGCCAGCAGAUGCCGCGCCUACCGUUGCACGAGCACUUGUAGAGCUGUUCAGCACGAAGGCAACUCUUGGGAAGGAACGCCCCUCGCGAUUGAUGACUCCGGAUACAGGCCUUGCAGCGGAGGUGGGAAAGGAGCUCAGACGCAUCGGUGUCUCCGCUCGCGAGCUUCAUAACGUGGCGAAGUCGACGCCCACGGCCAUAUCGACCUCGAACCGACUUUUCGAGCCUGUGUGGCAGCAGAUGCUGCGCGAAGCGAAGUUCCAUGGUGUCUUCGCCACCGUGCUCAGUAUGCCGGAGUACAUCAACAUGUCGAACAUCAAGUUGCGCGCGCCCGAGCGUUUGAUGACAGAAGGUCCGGACGCGGGGCAGUUGACAAGGGAGCAGAAGGAAUUCUUGGGGAUACUGGAAUACAUCAAGAAAUGGUUCGAGGCACGCCCACCGUCGGACAAGAUCGACUAUUGCUCCGUCGAUAUUAUGGCCAUGAACGCACGCCGGGCACUCGCGGAAUACUUUCCCGAGAAUCCUGCUGAGGAGGUCAAGGACGACGCCGAUGAGGGUGAGGCGUGGGCUGCUUUGGAUUAUGCGCUUAGACUCAUGACAAAGCCCAAGAAUGAGCGCAAUCGCCAGAUGAUCCACAAAUACUUGAUGACAGCCAUACAUCCCUCUGACGAAGACUCUACCGAAGAUUUCCUCGCCGACAUCGCAUCUACGGCUCACGCCAUUCUCGUCCACUGGUGUGCGCGCGCCGCCGAGAACGAGAUCCGGUCUCGCUACCUCUUCGCUGCCUGUCAUCACGCAGAACAAGCGCUUAUUCUCGCAAAGAAGGUGUCGCCCGCUGACAGAUACGCCUCGCCGUUGGUGCUUGUAUUCCUUCGCGAUGGCUUCGCACCGCAUCUGGUCCCCGGGUCCGAGCAUGCCGUCCCUGCGCUGGUCGUGUACAAGCAGUGUCGCAUAGCGUACAAGAUGCGCAACGAUCAAAUGAGGAAGGAAAAGAGAAAGAUGGAUGCCAAGCGUGAGAAGGAGCCGAAUCGCUAUCGUUGUGCCAAUGCUGGCUGUGGAAUCCUGGCGGAGGCGGGAAAAAUGCUAAAGCAGUGCGCCGGCAAAUGCGACAUCGACCAGAAGCCGCACUACUGCAGCAAGGAGUGCCAGCGCGCCGACUGGAAGAACCACAAGGAGUUUUGCAAGCCGGGCAUGCCGCGGUCGUCGACAGACAUGGACGCGAUAGAUGGGCCAGAUAUCGUUGGGGCAGGAGACUUCACGAUACCUAUCACGGGCGCCAAUGGCCAAACGACAUACAUCAGCUCAUCUACCAUGUCGCCCGAGGAGCUCAGGGAGUUUAGGGACGUUGCAAUGCUUCGAGAUCUGCCAGGUGGCACGCUGCCAAGUUUCGAGAAGUACUACGUCUGAUGUUCUUCUGUGUAGAUACCUCCUUUUCUCAUUGUUUACUGAAUGAUAUAUCCAACUACUGACUCUGAUACGGC